GCGACAUGUACGCGCAUGCGCGUGUCACCGGCAGUGAAACUCGCUUAUUCACACAAGUGAACAACAGAAAAACACAGAGCGUCCUGAUAUCAGAGAUCAGACAUGGGCAAAGGCGGUGGAACAUUUGAGCGACUAUUGGAGAAAGCCACCAGUCAGCUGCUACUGGAGACUGACUGGGAGUCUAUUUUGCAGAUCUGUGACCUCAUUCGCCAAGGCGAUACACAGGCAAAAUAUGCAAUUGGUGCCAUCAAGAAAAAACUCAAUGACAAAAAUCCACAUGUGGCACUCUAUGCUCUCGAGGUCCUGGAGUCAGUGGUGAAGAACUGUGGCCAGACCAUUCAUGAUGAAGUGGCCAGUAAGCAGACGAUGGAGGAGCUGAAAGAGCUGUUCAAGAAACAACCCGAACCUAACGUGAAGAACAAGAUCCUUUAUCUGAUCCAGGCCUGGGCUCACGCCUUCCGAAACGAACCCAAGUACAAAGUUGUUCAGGACACCUAUCAAAUCAUGAAGGUGGAAGGUCACGUCUUCCCAGAAUUCAAGGAGAGCGAUGCCAUGUUUGCAGCAGAGAGGGCCCCUGAUUGGGUGGAUGCAGAGGAGUGUCACAGAUGUAGGGUCCAGUUUGGUGUUAUGACCCGAAAGCACCACUGCAGGGCAUGUGGGCAGAUUUUCUGUGGGAAGUGCUCUUCGAAGUACUCAACCAUUCCCAAGUUCGGCAUUGAGAAGGAGGUGCGAGUGUGUGAGCCCUGCUUCGAGAUUCUCAACAAGAAAGCGGAAGGGAAGGCGCCCAGCACUGGGCCAUCGGAACUUCCCCCUGAGUACCUGACCAGCCCUCUGUCCCAGCAGUCUCAGAUGCCUCCUAAAAGAGACGAGGCGGCGCUGCAAGAGGAAGAGGAGCUUCAACUGGCCAUUGCUCUGUCCCAGAGUGAGGCCGAGGAGAAGGAGAGGAUGAGACAGAAGAACCCUUAUUCUGCUUAUCCCAAAGCAGAUCCCACUCCUGUGACCUCCUCUGCUCCUCCUGUCAGCACUCUCUACUCCUCACCCGUGAAUUCAUCAGCUCCAUCGGCUGAAGAAGUGGAUCCAGAGCUGGCCCGUUACCUGAACAGAACUUACUGGGAAAAAAAACAAGAAGAGGUUCGCAAGAGCCCCACCCCCUCUGCUCCUGCUCCUGUUUCAUUGGCUGAGCCUGUACCGGUCAGCCAACCAGUGGAAAGCCACGUUCCAGUCCAGCCAAUUAACAUUGUUGAGCAGUAUCAGAACGGAGAGUCUGAGGAGAACCAUGAACAGUUCCUGAAAGCCUUGCAAAACUCAGUCACCACCUUCCUGAACCGCAUGAAGAGCAACCACAUGCGAGGCCGCAGCAUCACCAAUGACAGCGCAGUUCUCUCUCUCUUCCAGUCCAUCAACAACAUGCACCCACAACUGUUGGAGAUACUCAACCAGCUGGAUGAAAAGAGACUGUACUAUGAAGGAUUGCAGGAUAAACUGGCACAGGUGCGUGACGCUCGAGCCGCACUGAACGCUCUGAGAGAGGAGCACAGGGAGAAACUGAGACGAGCAGCUGAGGAGGCAGAGAGACAGCGACAGAUCCAGCUGGCACAAAAACUCGAGAUCAUGAGGCAGAAGAAACAGGAAUACCUGGAGAUGCAGAGGCAGCUGGCCAUCCAGCGCCUUCAGGAGCAGGAGAAGGAGAGACAGAUGCGGCUGGAACAACAAAAACACACCAUUCAGAUGAGAGCACAGAUGCCGGCCUUCUCUCUGCCUUACGCACAGAUGCAGUCACUGCCUCCUAAUGUGGCAGGGGGAGUGGUGUACCCCCCUGCUGGCCCUCCAAGUUAUCCAGGCACAUUCAGUCCUUCGGGUUCGGUUGAAGGGUCGCCCAUGCAUGGAGUCUACAUGAACCAGGCCGGUCAGACUGCUGCCGGUGGCCCGUAUCAGGCCAUGCCACCAGAUCCCAACAUGGUGAAUGCUUACAUGUAUCAGACUGCGGGCAAUAGUGGGCAGCCGGCAGCCCCAGGACAAGCCCCACCAACAACCACUCCUGCUUACACUAAUUACCAGCCCACACCCACACAGGGCUACCAGAACGUGGUGUCUCAGGCUCAGAGUUUGCCACCAAUGUCACAGGCUGCCCCGACCAAUGGUAUAGCUUACAUGGGCUACCAGCAGUACAACAUGCAGAAUAUGAUGAGCGCUCUUCCCGGACAAGACCCCAACAUGCCUCCCCAACAGCCCUACAUGCCUGGGCAACAGCCCAUGUACCAGCAGAUGGCUCCUCCUGGUGGUCCUCAGCAGCAGUCACAGCAGCAGCAGCAGCCGCCUCCUCCUCCUCAAGCACCUCCGGGCAGUGCAGAGGCUCAGCUCAUUUCAUUUGACUGAUCGCUCCUCAUAUGCCUUUACACAGCAGGUCCAGCACACUACAUUCAGCUCUCUCUAACACUGAUGCUUCACACUGCUCCACAAAUACUGAAACUGUACAAAAAUUAAAAAAAAGCAUUUGGCUGUUUACCUUCCCUUCACUGUGUCUGUAAAUGAAGGAGGAGAUGAUACUGAUGGAGCUGGGGAAGGGAACCUUUGAAACCUGGAUGAAACUCAAUGUCUGGAUCAUAUUUGACCCUCAAAACGAAAAGAAAAUGAAGCCUAUUUUGGACCUCUUUAUGUUUUUUGUUUAUAUUUCAUAUGGGGAUCAUAUUACGGAUGAUAAAAAAUAUUUCAGCUGUAAUGUAGUUAGAACAAUGGUAAUAUGCUUAUAAUGGUAUAAUAAUGUUCAGGCUUUAUUCUUUGUCAUUUUAGUAGUAAAUGUAACGUUAAUGAGAUUCACUUUUGACAAUUAUUGGUCAUAUAAGUUUGACAAUAUAUAAUAUACUUUUGACAUUACAUUUUAAAAAUGGGGAAAUGUUAUUGUUGUUUUCAUGAAAAAAUGUUUAAAAAAAUGGUCCUAAAAAUGGCUUCAUUAAAAAAAUAAAAUAAUAAAGAAUCUAAUUUCUGUCAUAUAAGACUUUUGGUGAACCAUAAUUGUGGCACAAAAUCAUAAAGUCAUAAUUUAGACAUCUCAUAAUCAUGAGUUAGUAUUCUCAAUGUCAAAAAUGUGUAUUAAUCCAUACAAAAAAAAUUAUGAUCACAUAAAUGAUCACAUAGUAAGUAAUCAUCAGCUACUUACAUCGUUAAUGAUCUUUUAUAUCAUAAUUAUAGCUUUGAAUAUCGACAUUUUGUUAUCUUUUAUUUUCAAGUUGUAAUAUUGGUCAAAUUAUGAUAAUAUGUAUAAAGACAAUUGUCAUUGUUGACUAAUCAUUAUUUCAGUAUUGUUUCUCAUAAGUCAUGAUUAACUUAUUAAUUUUGACUGAUAAUUUUGACUUUGCAAGUUAUACAUUUGAGUGUAUGUUGGAAUGCACAUGCUAAAUCAUAAAAAAAGGAAUAAUCAAAAUUGACUUUUAUCAUUAUUUUAUAAUUCCAAUAUCUCAUAAUUGUAAUUAUGUAUCUCAUUGCUUUAAUAAUGUUAAAAGUUGAUAAACUAAACCUUAAUUAUGAGAUGUCAAGCACAUUGACAAAAACAUUUGUAUUUUUUUUUUUUUUUUUUUGAUUUAGGAUCUUAUUAUUUUUUACUUUUUGUGUCAUUAUUAUACUGCAAAAGCUUUCAUUAUUCUUAUAUGACAGAAAUGGGCUUUAAUAUAAAUGUGUUCUGGACAUCUUGUGAGAUUCACCCUAAUUGUCCUCUAGAUUUUUUCAAAUGUAGUUUUUUCCUUAUAAAAAGGAGCUGAUGUGAAGUUACUCGUUCAUACUAUAGAGAAGCAAACACAAAAUCAUUCAAAAAGACAAAAUAACCAUCCUGUCUGGUAUUUUUCUAAGAAGCAUUUGCAUGAGUGAAUAUUUAACAACCAUCUUGUUUUUCUUUGGUUAAGAGAUGUGCUUGCUUUAACAAAGGUCGCUGAGGCAUCACAACCGCUUAUCCGCACAGAUUUAAAUCGUGUAACAUUCCAGUGCUGGUUUCAGUGUGACAAAACUAUUGUCUGCGACUCUAGAAAUAAUAAAAUAAAAAAAAAAGCUCUGCCUGUAGGGUCAGUGUUGUGAAAGCCUCGCUAUUGAUUCAUCCAGUAGAUGGUGAACACAUUGGCUUCUGUUGUGUAAUUAACCGCCAAUAAGAUGUCAACUUUACUGCCAUUUCCAUAUCACCAAUCUAUUCAAAAUAAAUGAGCUGGUUUUUCCUAGUACUGCAUGUAAGUUUCGUUACAUCCAAUGGUUCAGAACUAGAAACCUAUUGAUGUCAAAUUGCAGUUUUAUUAAUUGCAGUGUAAAAUGAAGCUCCAGGUCAAUGGCAGACAAAGGAAGUCUAUUUCAAUGGUGAUUUAAAAAAAAAGCUGCCACCCAAUGAAUGGUUUUCAGGAGGAGUUUUGGAAGAUGUGAUUUGGAUGCUGCAUGUUUCACAACCGGUGAUGUCUGUAAUGCCUUUAAUAUAAUUUUUGUUCCAUCAUGCUGAUCCGCCUCAUGCUAAAGAGAAGAAAUUUUAAGGUCAUAUUUAAUAAAUCUUGUUCUUUUAUUGGUCACACGCA